GGGCCCGGGGAGGGUCGAGUGCGCAGGCGCGGGGAGGAUGGCGGACGACAAGGACACACUGGGUAAGCUGAAGGACCUAGCACAGCUGAAGGGUCAACUGGAGAGCAUCCAGCGGAGGGUGGAGGAGGAGGUCCAAAUGGGACUGCCCAACGGUGGCUCGCUGUUAGCUUCUCCGUUCCUGAAGGGCUUCCUUGCCGGCUACGUGGUGGCCAAGCUGCGAGCGUCUGCCGUCCUGGGCGUGCUGGUGGGCACCGCCACCGGGAUCUACGCAGCCCAGAACUACAACAUCCCCAACGUGGAAAACACCAUCAAGGACUACCUGAGCUCCCUGAAGAAAGGACCAAAGUAAAGG